ACAACAAUGGGCGGGAAAGGUUUCUCAACAUUUGCAUAAUUAAUUAGCAACCCUGGAGUUUCCCCCGGCUUCUGGUGGGGGAAAUGGAUCUCUGCUUCUUUAAGGCUCUGCGGGGCUGUCUGCUCUGGCGACGCAGGCAGGGCAGGCUCUGCCGCAGCGGCUCAUCCCAUCGCUAAGGUCCAGUUAGCCAAGGUGGAGGAUGGGAAAAGAAUGGAGCUGUCCCAGCUCCUCAAUGAGAUCAGGGCAAACUAUGAACAGCUCCUCACCAGAAAUCAGAUAGAGACGGUGUUGUCGACGCGGAUCCAGGUAAUGAUUUCAUUCAGCCAGGCACCUUCAGGAUAAGGAGACAGUCCAUGUCUACCCGAUUCCUGUCCCGGCCUCUCUGAGCUAGAGGAAGAUAUAACCAAAAAAAUGGACAAGGAUGGAGAAGCUCUGAAGGCAGCUCAGGCUGAACUCAAGGAGGCCCGCCGGCAGUGCCACCACCUGCAAGUGGAAAUCGAGUCUCUCCAUGCUGUGGAAAGGGGCCUUGAGAACUCCCUGCAGGCCAGUGAGCAGCAUUAUCAGAUGCAGCUGCAAGAUCUGGAGUCGGUGAUUGGCAGACUGGAGAAGGAGCUGCAGGAAGUGAGGCGUGGCAUCGAGAAGCAGCUUCGAGAGCAUGAGAUGCUUCUCAACACGAAGAUGAGGCUGGAGCAGGAAAUAGCCACGUACCGCCGCCUGCUAGAACAGGAAGAGAUCAGAUAUUAUGGUUGUAUCCAAGGAGAGAAAAAAGAAGAAAAGCCUACCAAGAGUAAAGUGGGCUUUCUUCUCCCCUCAGCCAUUAUAAAUGAAAUAUCCUUUUCAACAAAAGUCUCCCAAAAGUAUGAAAAUGAAAAUAUGGAGACAGUGACCAAACAGGCAGUAGUGAACGGAGACGUGAAGGAGAGCGCCGAGGCCCAUGGCACCAUUCAGACAGAGAAAGUGGAUGAAGUUAUAAAAGAAUGGGAAGGUUCAUUCUUUAAAGAUAACCCUCGACUGAGGAAAAAGUCUGUCUCUCUCCGGUUUGAUCUCCAUCUAGCAGCCACGGAUGAGGGCUGUUUAGAGAGUAGACAAGAUAAUCUGCCAGAUAUCGAAGUCAGACUUAUCAUGAGAAGAUCCUGUAGUAUUCCCUCCAUCAAACCCCCACCAGGCACCAACUAACCCAGAGAGAGUGUUUAGCAAGGGCACCAGGAUGGACCUAUGUAGGCCAUACAGACCCCGAGUCCCAAGUGUAAGUUAUUUUACAUGGAUAGAUAGUGUUAAGAUGCUGUGGGCUCUGACUCUCUUCAGAGAACACAUAAGUAAGAGAUGCUGCUGCUAGGACUCCAAAGAUGAGCAGGGUUUUUUUGUUGUUUUGUUUUGUUUUUUGAGAGGGGCUGCUUAAAAGUAAAUCAGAAAUCCAGUGUGGAUUCUGUUUUAUUUGUCAUCUAAAUAGUCUUUAUUCUGGCGAGCUUUAUCAGAGACUUUAAGUAUUAAGGUGGCUUCAUUAAGCCUGUAAUUUUCCUCAAAAGCUAAACAUCCCAAGGAAAACAAAAUAGCUUGUUUGAAAACUGAAGAGCUACAGUGAGUUACUCUCCGUGGUUUCAGGACCAGCUGAGCUUAGAAUGUUCUACUUCUAAAAAGGCAGCAGUUAGGAACAAACUGUUUAAGGAGCAGACUCAGUAUUCACUUAGGACUUUUCCUUUUGAGACAAUCAUUUGAACCCUGGGAAUUACGAAGUGUUCUAUCCAUGAGCGAUUCUGAAUGAACUGUAGAGCACUCUCCAAGGCUAUUUUGAUUAUUAAUAAAAUUGGGUUACUCUAGAUCUUUAUCUUAAAGCUUUUUAAAAAUCAGUAUCGGGAGAGCCAGUUUGUUGAAAGAUAAAGGUUAUACAUACACACACACACACACACACACACACACACACACACAGACAUACACACACUCCAGCUGUACAAGCCUUUUAAAGCACAUUGAGAUUGUGGUGAAUCCAGUUACUAGGACAGUUACCCAGCUGCUCACCAUCUGCAAAAUGAAGUAUGAGUAGCGUGUGCUAAGGGCCUGAGAGGAAAGAGUCUAUGAACUCGGAGAAAUAGUCCUUGCAGUCAUUUCUGUGAGCUAACAGCAUAGUAUUGCUAUCUGAGCUGAGAGUGCCUGCAGAACUUGAUUUUAAAUUGUUCAAACUGUAAUAAAUAGAGAUGUAAAAUAUAUUUGUGAAUAAGUGAAAAAUUGUUGCAAAGUUUUUUUCUGGUUUUGUUUUUAAUUAUUAUUAUUUACUUGCCAUAUAUGUAUGCUUGCACCCCAGAAAGAGAGCAUCAGAUCUCAUUACAGAUGGUUGUGAGCCACCAUGUGGUUGCUGGGAAUUGAACUCAGG